CGCAGAUAAGCGGAAUCUAGUUUCAAGGUUUGCUGGAUAUGUUUGCUCUUGCUCCUCUAAAGAUGGGUCACCUAGUUAGCUUCGGUUUUUGUUGAUGUAAACUCAUGGAGAACCAGAUUUUCACAGCAAGUUAUCAUCGUUAUGGUAGCCAAGAGCAGCUGGUUACAGAAAUGAACGACAAUGAUGAAGAAGAUGACGAUUUUGACGAAGAGGAAGAUGAUGAGGAUCUUGAAGACGGCGAGGAUAUCGAUCUGAGAGAACAUGCGUACGACUUUGUUCAAGUCGCUGCGUCUCCCAAGCAUAUUCACUUCGUUACCGACGCUUCUCUCAGCUCGUGGAGUGAUCCAGAGGCGGCAUUGGAAACGAGCACUCGUUUAGGGAAAUUCCGAGGGUCCCUUAGAAGAAUUGUGGAGCAUUUUUCUGUUAGAGUAUUCAGUCUCCUUUUGGUAUUAGCAGAUAUUAUUAUUGUCAUAGUUGACUUGGCCACUGCAGGAAAAGAUGAAAGGGUAAAUUAUAAUUAUAUUUUUCUAAUUGUUGCAUUGGGCUUUGUCACUCACUUUACUUUUUCUAGUGGUUUCACCCACAGAUUUAAUUUCUUUUGUUGCAGGAGAGCCUUCUUCCACAGAUGGCUAGAAAUCAUAGAUCUGAUAGUAGUUGUAGUUUCAUUCAUCCUCACCCUGGCCUUUUCUCUCCUGACACUAGAGGAACAUGGCUAUGCAAAACUCAUCAUUACUGCUCGUCUUGUGCGAAUAUUGCUGUUUAUUAGAAUUGUCACAGGAAAAGACCAACUUGAAAGAGCUACAAGAAGAAUGAUAUCACAGAACAAAAGAAGAUAUCAAAAGGAUGGUUUUGAUUUAGACUUGACAUAUGUAACAGAGAGAGUUAUAGCCAUGUCAUUCCCUUCGUCUGGAAAACACAAGUUAUACCGUAAUCCAGUGUCAGAAGUUGUGCGAUUCUUGGAUACAAAACAUCCUGACCACUACAAAGUCUACAAUUUAUGUAGUGAGAGAAGCUAUGAUCCAUCUGUGUUCCAUAACAGAGUGGAGCGAGUUCUCAUUGAUGAUCACAAUGUACCUAGGCUUAGUCAGUUGUUAUAUUUUACGCACAAUGUGAGAGAAUGGCUUGACAGAGAUCCUAAAAAUGUUAUUGCUGUUCAUUGUAAAGGAGGAAAAGGUAGAACAGGGACUGCAAUAUGUGCUUGGCUUAUUGCCAGUGGUCAGUUUGAGCAGGCUAAGCAUAGCCUGGAAUAUUUUGGGCACAGGAGAACUGAUUAUUCAGUUGGAAAUCAAUUUCAAGGAGUGCAGACACCCAGUCAGAGUCGUUUUGUAGGUUACCUGGAAAAAGUGUUUACCAAGUUAAAUGGUCGACUUCCUGCCUCUGUGUCAUAUCGUAUUAAAAACAUCAAGAUUGAUGCAAUAUCUGGUAUUGGAGAUGGAAAUGGAAAAGAUCUUUCGUUUGAGAUAAUUAUCAAUGGUAGCACUGUUACGACACUACAUCUAUCAAAUUCACGUCAAGGACAGAUACAGCACCUCAGAGAUCUUGACAAAUUAGUUAUUAUUCUCUAUGAGGCAGAAUCCCCUACUCUUACAGGAGACAUCAAAAUAAAGUUUUACUCAUCUAAUUCAAAUGUUCCAAGAGGGUAUGACCAGUGUGCUUUCUUCUUUUGGUUUCACACAAGUUUUAUAGAGAACUCCAGACUGUUUCUACGUCGUGGAGAGUUGGAUAAUCCCCACAAACCCAAAACUUGGAAAACAUACAAAGAGAAUUUUGCUGUGGAUAUUACAUUUACAAAACUUUGAUAACAACAAACCAAGACAACUUGAGUGGGUCAACAAUUUGCCCCAAGGGGAAGGAAAUAUUGUCAAUUAUUGGAAGGAAAUGAAUCAGUUGAUUUAUAUAUAACAAGAUUUUCUAAACAUAAGAUAAAUCAUGAUGUCAGAAAAUUUUUCUGCAUUUUUUUCUGUUGUGUCACAUCCUUUUUUUUGGGAACAUCACUAUGUCAGGUCCACAGCCGCAAUUUUUUUUUUUGUUAGUUGGUGGAUUACUUGAUUAAUCCAAGCAAUAUUAUACUCAAAGUAAGAUAAAGUUACUGCAUGACCUUGACUUUAUUCAGCCCACAUCAGGCUCUCUGCCAUGGAGCAGGUCAAAAGAAAAAAAAAUGGGGAAGGUAAAAGUAGAAUGUGUAAAAACUUGAAAUUAACCGCUCAAAGAGUAUCCCAGGAGAUUUUCGACUAGAAUGAGGUUUAUUUCACUUGCCCUUUCACUAACACUUUUCACUGACUGACUGAGGACUUGGAACCUUCUGUUACACUGAAGAACCAACAUCUCAAAAGCCUAUCCUGGUGGGAAAUUUUUAUAUGACAAAAUUACUCUUGCAAUGGGUGUAAUUAACUUCUAUUUUUAUAUAUAGAGUGAAAACAAUUAAAAAGGAUUUAUGAACAGAUAAUGUGAAAGUUUAGAUGCAUUGUGAAUUAAUCACUUAUUUAAAUUAUAUAUUGUCAUAAUAUCUAUAAAUUUUAGUGAAUAAUUAGGGUCAAUCUAAUUUUUAUUAAAGGGUAAUUAUUUUUUCCAUCCUAAAGUUCUUUUUUCUACUAUAUCCAGGGAGAGUGCAGUUUUGUUUUAAGGUUACAUUUGAAAUUAGAUUUUGUUUCUGUGGUAAUUUGUAGCUCUUUAAAUAAAAAAAUGUUCUUUAUUAAGAAAUAAUUGGUCCCCAUUUGUUGCCAAAAAUUUCAAGUGUUGAUAUAUGUGAUUGGAGUGUUUCUUUUAUUGCUAUUUUAAAACAGAAUUUGGUUGCAUUUACCCUGUGGUCUCAUAACACAUUUUCUCAACACAUGAACUAAUAAGGAUAAGCAAGUAUACUUGUUUAGGUUCUGUUAGUUCAAUAAAAUAUUUAGGCCCUGUCAUUGGUAUGCAAAUUUUCCUUACCAUUCGCUUUACAUUUUGUAUGGUACUGACAAGGAGAAUUUGUUUAACAAUCAAGAGCUUCUUUUGUUGGUAACAUUUCCUUCACUCUCAUGACCUUAAUGUUUGAUUCAAUUUAAGAGAAAUUAGGUGCUAGUCACUCCUAGAGGUUUAAAGCAGCUGUGGUUAAUAUUGUUAUUUAAAUAGAGAAGACUUGUUUAAUUUACAGUGAGGCAGCUUUUGUGCUCAGUAGUAUUUUGUUCACACAUUAACAAUUAGCUUCUAUGUCUUCUUUCUCCUUGUAACAAUCAGAUAUGAUUCCUGUAUCAUUUCCUGGGCAGAAUUUUGUACUAUUAUUGGCUAAGGAAUGAAAGAAGAUUUACUUGUACAACUUGCACUAUGCCCAAUACCAAGUCAACUCUUUUUCUUUCAAAUAUAUUGUAGAUGAAAUAUUCUCGAUUACCAUAUUUUUUUAAGGUCUUAAAUGUAGUUAUGGAUAGGAGUACUCAGUGGCAUCUCUGAUAUAGUUGUUAGGCUGAGUAUUAAUUUUCUAGCAAUAAUUCUUUUAAAUCAAUACUUUGAAACAAUAAAGAUGAUCAUUUCAUCAAACAGAGUUUGUUGGGAAUGACACUAAUUCACA